AUGUUUCGAAGGACCAUCGCAAGAAUGGCGGAGGCACCGACUGACUAUGUUGGGGCUACGGGAUCUCGGUACCAGUUUGGAAGUAUGAUCCAGGAAAAGCCUUACGUAGGUCGCGUCUGGCUGGCCAAGUCUGGGAAAGACAAAUUCAUCUUGAAGGAUAUCCCUCGGGAUAUCUACGACAACUUCACAGUCGAUAUAAGACCGCGGCUGUGGAAAAACAGCCACAUACGGCUUCCAUGCGACAGUAUACCAGGCCAGCGAAUUUUUGUCUAUAAGUACAUGACGGACGACUUCCUGAGCCUGGUGAAGAGAGGAAUAUCGACCCAAUCUCGAAAGCAAAUCCUGAAAGCUAGCCUGCUAGGUAUCGCUGAGUUGCAUGAGCAGCAUGUCGUGCACCUUGAUUUUAAGCCGGACGAUAUCAUGGUCGAUUGCCGUGAUAAAGGAGAAGAAGAGACUGUAGUCAAGAGAGUCCUACUUACCGAUCUCGAGAAUGCCGCUUACCUGCCGGAAGGUAGGUGCAUAAAAGGUAUGCUCGCUGGAAACGACAACUGGCGCAGUCCGGAAGCACACUUCAGGGGAGAACUCAACAAGCCAACAAACAGGUUGGCUUUUGGGAUUGUAUGUCUCUAUGCGGUGUUGGCACGUGUUAUCUUUGGCAUCGAUGACGAUUUCCGCUUCUAUGAAUCUCAAGGUGCAUUGCCCGCUAUGAUACGUCUACAGCGUCAAGUUUCAUACUUUGGCGACAAGGAAGGCAUCAAUGGACUGCUGAAACAUAUUGGCAAUGACGAGGUCAAUUGCCAAGUCCUGCGGAUGCUGUGGGACGAAAGAUCAGAAGAAUACAUACCAUACAAGCCAUUUUCACAGUGGGAGGGCCAUAUGGAACCGGUAUUCAGGGAUCUUAUCAGACAGCUGAUGAAUUUGUCCCCUGCCAAGCGACUAACUGCCCGUGAAGUCUUGGAAAAUCCAUGA